AUGGAUUACCUUGAUUCUCGACUCAAAACAUUCUUUCUGAUGAUUCAGGAGAAGUGUUCUGAUGAAUCGACCGAUGAUCAACCAGAGAGAGAGGACGAUAAAAAUGAUACGGACGAGAGUGUUGUGAGGGAAAAAACGUUUUUGAUGGUGGAGAGCAGUGGCGAGUUGAAAAACUGGGCAGGAACCUUGAUGUUCGAAAUUAGUUUUGAUGAUGGUGAUGGCGGCGAUGCGAGAAUUGUUCUUUGCUUUGUCUAUCAGAUGAAAUGCGAAAGAUUGAAGACAUAA